GAAACAGUUUGAAAGAGACAGUGCUACUGAAAACAACCUGUGAAAAAAUAUAUAGACCGAAAAAAUAUUUAAAGAUUAACAAUAAAAUAAAGAAAAAUAAUCAAAAUGAAAUCAUAUAUAAUUUGGGCAUUUUUUGCAUUGAUAGUUUUGUCCGCCACUAGUGUUAGGGCCGACUGUGAAGAUGAGGUAAAAGAGGACGACAGCUGGUUCAAGAAGGUGGGUUGUCAAAUUAAGAAAGGAGCCGAAGAUACCUACCAAACGGUCAAAAAGGGAGCAGAAGAUGGUUACGAAGCCGUUAAGCCACUUGGAGAUAAAAUCGCUACAUCAGCCAAAGAAUUCGGUAAUACAGUGGCCAAGAAAUAUGACGAAGUCAAACAUAAGCUAACAGAUGAUAAUAAACCUAUUGAUGAUAAACCAGCCGAUACUCUUCUUGCUAGUGAGCCAAUGGAGAAGGUACCUUUAGCCCCUCUACCCGGCCAAACCGAUAACAAGCCCGAAGUGCCUGCAAAAUCAACAACAGAAUAAUGAUCCCUGUCCGCCAGGCCAAGCUCUUGAUCAUACAAGAAAACAUUGCCGUAUAGCUGUAUGAUGUUAAGUUUUUUUUAUUCAUUUUAUAAAAAAUAGAAUACUUUUAAUUUUUGUGUUUAAAAAUAAAGUGUUGCCAAAAUGUG